AUGGGGAGAAAGCUCAGGGUUUGUUUAUUCUUGAUUGGUAAAUUCUAUAAGAUAAAGUACCCCAUGUUUGCUCUUCUUCACAUACUCGGGUGUUUGUGUAGUGAGCGUGUGUUCGUCCAAGAAGUAUCCUUGCUAUCACCUUAUGUAGAUGAGAUUGGAAGGUUCCUCAACUGGAAGACUUCUGGAGAGCAAGUAAUAAAGGCUCAUGGGAGGGAUUCAUUUGUUCAGCUGGGAUAUUCGUCCCCAAACAGCUCUGGAGCAAUCCUUGCAUCCCACCCGAUAGGUUCGGAAAGAUUUGGUAUUGAUAUUAUUAUUGAGAUUGAGGAAGGAGAGAAGGGAGAAGGAGACGAGGGAAUGGCUAUAUGGAUAUCUGAUGAGGAUGUGUUUAGUGAAGGAAAUUGCUUUGGAAGAUCGUGCAACUUUAAAGGUCUUUUGGUUAUCAUAAAGCCCUCUGGAAAGUCUUAUAUUGGGGUCAAGGCUGGAGAUAUCUCUAUCAACACCAGCAAUAUUGCUAGAAACCUUGAUCGAGUUGAAUACAGAAACUUUCCCUCAGGUGAGAAGUUCGUUCUCAGGAUAGAGCAAAAGAGCUAUGAGUUAUCUGUAUAUUUGGGAGAGCCGGAUAACCUCUCUCUAGUUCAUUCAUUCAGAUCAAAUGUUGUGAAAGAAGGCGAUCUUCUGGGGGUCUCCGCAAUGACAGAUAAGUCUUCGACUUCCUUCAGGAUAGUUGGGAUUGAAAGCUAUCAUCUUAAGAGCACAGGCGGAGUAUACACCAAGGAAGACGUUCAUAGUGGAGGAAAGCUUAUCUGGGUUCUCUUUGCCGGGGUUGUGUUUGUAACAGCUUACUACCUUUACAAUAUCCAAAUGAAAAGGGAUAAUUAA